UAUUCGUAAUAAUUCGUAGGUUUUUUACCGAUUUAUUUCGUACGUGCUGUGGCGAAAACGGAAGGAAUAUUUCAACCCAACAGAAUAUGACUUUAAAAGAAAAAGCACAACACCAAGCCACCAAAAUCGUCGCUGUUACCGGGCAGACUGACGGAGCAUGGCUAGGGAGGUGUGACAGGAAGUUCGUGAGGCGCUGCAUCAGCGCAACUGGGAAACGAAAUUGGACGUCAUCAGCAUGACGGAAAGAGAUGUUGACGGAUUUUGGCCAAGGGUCUAGCCGAGCUCCCCGUCAGAUCUACUUAACACGGCCCUACAGUUGCAUAUGUCUUUAAGAAAACCGGUCCUGACAGACUACGGUUAUUUUUUUCUUUCACGCUGAGUUCCGUUGCAAGCAGAAAGAAAGUGCGACGGGCUCAUUCGGGGUGCGCUGUAUGUGUUGAGCAUCUGGAGGAAGCAGGGGCGGCUCUUGUCGCGGCGGCUCGCUGGGUGGGGAACUGUGCACAGCCUCUGGGGGACGCGUCUGACCAUCCGCCUGCCCGUCAUGCUACAGCAGGAGAAGAGCGAGGAGGAGGCCACGGUGGAUGUCCAUUUCACUGAUCUGCCCGACGCGCUGAUCGCCUGCAAGGUGGACCAGGACGUCUUUCUGGACCAUCAGUUCAGGGCCGGUUUUGAGGCCCUGUUCCGCUCCUUCGACAGCGAUGCCACCUUCCAGUAUUUCAAGAGCUUCCGCCGCGUCCGAAUCAACUUCACCGACGCUGUGGCUGCGGCUGAGGCCCGGGUGAGGCUUCACAAGAGCGACUUCAACGGAAAGGAGAUACGCCUGUACUUUGCUCAGUCUCUGCACAUUGGCAGCCCCCGCCUGGAGCCCCCCAAACCAGAGAAGCAAUAUCUGAUCUCCCCACCUGCCUCUCCCCCAGUGGGCUGGAGUCAGUCGUCAGACGCCACGCCCGUCAUCAACUACGACCUGCUGUGCGCCAUCUCCAAGCUGGGGCCAGGUGAGAAGUACGAGCUGCACGCCGGCACCUCCACCACCCCCAGCGUGGUGGUGCACGUGUGCGAGAGCGACCACGACAGCUCAGGCUCUGAGGAGGAGGAGCCGCGCCGGGCCCGCCCCCGCAUCAUCCAGACGCGCCGCCCCGAGUACGCCCCCCCGCCCCUGCACUGAGCCGAGUGUGCGCGCCACGCAUUUCGCCAUGGGCAGGGGGGCCUCUCCUGCUGCCGCCCCCUCCCCCUCCCCCCCUCAUUCAGUACUACUUUCGCCCCAGAGGGAAGGGAACCCGGCCCUGGCUGCCGGGACUGACCGACUGACUGGGACAGCGGCGUCGAGCCGGGGUUCGAGGUACCCGCCCGGAGGCAGGACGGACGAGCGGAAAAGGAAAGGGGUGGGGAGGGUGGGAUCUUCGUUUUUUUGUGACGUUUUUCGGUUCUUGCAUGUGGAGCUGUCUGUGCGGAGAGGAGGCGGACGUUUGGAUGGUGGGGCGAGGGGCUUCUUUUACUCCACUGCUGACGACCACAAAACUGUUCGGCUUUUCGUUGUAGAUCUUCAUUGCCUCGAAACGGCUUUUCGGGAGAGGGCUUGUAUGAGAUAGUGUGUCCUCUCCCCACCCCCUCGCCUUAGCCAGCACUCACCUCUCAGUCUGUUGCUGUGGGAGUUGGGCCAGGGCUUUCAGAGACAGAAGAGGGGCGGGCAGGGCAGUGAGUGCUGGCGCCGAGCUGGUUUUGGGGGCAAUGUGGAACCUGGGGGCUUUGUACUGUAAUACAAAUGUUGUGCGUGACUAUGUAUUUUUGUAAAUAUUUAUCCGGGAUGCGGUCGGAUUCCCUGUGUUUGCAGUGCCUGCGCUCCCUGUGUCGGGUUCGAGGUCUCCCCAGUCUCAUUCACAGCCCCCCCCCCAGAUCCAAAACUACGGUCUGCGCCUGCUUCGGUCUGCCCCAGGGUGGCUGAGGGCUCCGGCUUUUCCACUGGUGUGAAGGAGAGACUCGUGCAGCCCCGAGUGUUGAACAAACCUCCUUGUGUCGCCAUCCUCAACACCUGCCGCACUGCGUCCUUCCCCUACUCCAGCAGCAGGCACUUAGUACGAAAAUACGCAGUGUGCUGUGCAGGUUCAGAUCCAUUCACGGUUUUGAACCUCCCCCGGUCCCAAAAAUGCCCUUGUUCUUUUGGUGCUGUCUGAGGAGCAGUCAAAGCUGUUGUCACAAAGAGGCCUUAGUGCCAUCGCCUCUAUCCCAGCAGCCCCUGGGGCUCUCGCUUGCUCGCCCUCAGCGGUCUCGAGAUGUACAGUAGAGGGGAAGGGCUUCUCAUGUGUCAACAGUGGGCAUGUAUUUUGCAGUUACCGGGGGCUAUUGGGAGGGGGGAUGGUGGGGGGGGGCUGAUCGUUUUUUGAUAGAAAGUAUUUAACGGCAGUUACUGGGAGCAGCAAAUGCUCGAGUUUAAUCACCCCAAGAAUCCUCGAAGCGGUAAAGUCUCGCUCGGCAAAAUAUCGUCCUGGCCCUGCUGAAGUGUCGUUCCGCAUCAAGCGUUGCCACAUAUCAGACCUGACAAUUCACCUUACUUCAGUUAAUCGUGGUAUUAACUGUUAAUGCGUUCAGUUAUAAUUAAGUUCUAGUUAAGGGGCUGGCUGCACCAGAGACCUGCACUGAAACAGACGGGAAGACCUGGGAUUUCACAUCCCGUGGCUCCAGAACAAGGAAGUCCCCGUUUGCUUCUUCUAGAAGCAGGUGGUCCGGUCCUGGUUCCGGAGGGUUGGUCUGUAGGUUUUCACUUCAACUCAGCUAUAAACCCACUCUCAGUUGCUCAGUUGGAGCAAUAUGCCAACUUCCUCCAGCUCGGAAAAGAGACAGAGGAGACCCGCAGAUACUCUAGCACUCUGGGACUGGGAUGGGUCAGUCCUGUCCUGCAGUGGUGUGAUUCUAGCGGUCUAGCACGCUGGAGUGAAAUCUCUGUCCGAUCACUGUAAGCCACGAUGUAGCGAUGUCUUUUGUUUUCUUUCCUGGCCUUUUUCUGUAAGUGGACACCAGCUGACCUUUCCUGCAGCCUGCAGUCUGUGAAACGGUGUGUUUUGUAAAUGUGUCAUUGUGAGGUACCGCGACGUGACACGGCCCAGAGCGGCCGGGGCCCCGGGACGAGCCGUGACUGUGCGGAGAGCCUUUUUUUUUCGAAAAAGCUCCCCUGCUGCCCGCCUCCGCACUUAUUUGGAAGAGGGGCCCGGCCUCGUUGUCUUGGACGUGCGCGUGUCCUUUUUUGCGGAUGAAGACUAAAACCAAAGGCGACGGAGCAGUGGCUGUAGCCGCAGGUGUGACCGAGAGACGGCGCGGCCAGGAGCUGUUGCCUUUGAGCAACACAGCGGGAUGCCUGGGCCAGGCCGAAGCCUUCAGGGCCUCCUCUGGAAUGGGGAACUGGGCGUCCAUCCUGUGCUGUGACCCCGGAGUCUGUCCGCCACAGCGCAGGAGCGUGGCUCUCUGUACCGCUACAGCAGAGCGUCGCUGUGAAGCCUCCGCCUUCAUGCAGCUCGUAUCCGAUUUUAUCUGCAGAGUGUUUUUUUUAAGAUCUUAGUCAAUAAAUGAUGUCAAUAAACCCAAACUUUCUGUUAACCAUUCUUUUUGUCAUUUGUUUUUAAAUCAGACUUGAAGUGUUUGGUUGCCUCCUGUUCUCUGUCUUAAAUACACUUCCAAACGAUU